AUGGAUGAUUCCAGAUUAACAAAAAGGAUACUUAUGUACUUUUGGGAGAAAAAGUUUGAGACUGUCUUUCGUUGCCUUCAAAUAUCGGAAGCUUACAUUAAAUUUAAUACAAGUUUUAAAAUACCCUUCAAAAUGCACUACGAUGAGGAAAUAUAUGCUGAUCUGUUAUCAAAAGAUAAUAAUUGCUCUGAUAGUCAAAGUGAUUUGGACAGUGGGAGCGAUAUAAUUGUGAGACGAUUCGAAAAUAAGGGAAGACCAAUAAUUAGUAAAUCUGAAAGUGAUGAAGAGAAUUCUGUGGCAAAUGAUUGGUCAGAAGUUGAUAACCUGACUUUCAUGCUUGCCUGGAACGGUUUGAAUAAUGAUAACAACAAUGCAUCAACAAAGAAUAAAGCUUGGGUUGAUAUAAAUGUUGUAGAAAUGAAAAAAUUUUUGGGACUUGUUAUCCUAAUGGGAAUAGUAAAAAAGCCAGAACAAGACGAUUAUUGGUCUACUCACCCUGGAUUACAUUCACCUAUUUUUGGAAAAACAAUGCCAAGAAACCGAUUUCGGCAGUUAUGGAAGUAUUGA